AUGCAUAACAAGCACAAUUUGCUGCUCAUCAUGGAUUAUGACAACAACACACAGACUGAAGAUUCCUACCUGUUCCCUGUACCUCUCCUCACAGGUGUCACUGUCAUUUGUUUGCUGUUCUUCACGACUGGGAUUCUUGGAAACAUGAUGACAAUGCUGGUGGUCUUUAAGUUCCAGGAUAUGAGGACAACCACCAACUUGUACCUCUCCAGCAUGGCUUUCUCAGAUCUCUUGAUCUUCCUUUGCAUGCCCCUAGACCUCUUCCGCCUCUGGCAGUAUCGGCCCUGGAAUUUGGGGGAUCUUCUCUGCAAGCUCUUCCAAUUUGUCAGUGAGUGUUGCACAUACUCAACCAUACUCAACAUCACAGCCCUGAGUGCCGAGAGAUAUUUUGCGGUCUGCUUUCCACUCAGGGCCAAGGCGAUGAUCACCAAGACCAAAGUCAAACUCCUUAUCCUCGUGCUCUGGGUAAUAUCUUUUGUCAGUGCCGGGCCUAUCUUUGUUCUGGUUGGAGUUGCGCAUGAGAAUGGGACAAAUCCCUUGGAUACCAAUGAAUGUCGAAUCACAGAGUACGCCAUUCAUUCAGGUUUGCUGAACAUUAUGGUGUGGACCUCGAGUGUCUUCUUUUUUCUGCCUGUUUUUUGCUUGACCGUUCUCUACAGCCUCAUUGUGAGAAAGCUUUGGCAGCGAAAGAAGAAAAAUAUUGGGCCAAAGACCUCCAUCAGGGACAAGUACAACAGACAAACAAUAAAAAUGCUAGCGGUGGUGGUCUUGGCUUUUGUCCUCUGCUGGCUGCCCUUCUAUCUAGGACGUUAUCUUUUUUCCAAAUCCUUCGAGGGGGAAUCCCUGGAUAUUGCCGUUAUCAGCCAGUACUGCAACGUGGUCUCCUUCGUUCUCUUCUACCUAAGCGCUGCCAUCAACCCAAUCCUGUACAACAUCAUGUCAAAGAAAUACCGGGAAGCCGUUUAUAGGCUCUUUGGAAUGAAGCCGCCGAGGAAGAAAAAGCUGUUGACGAUGACGGAGAGAAGAUGCCACACUUGGACAGAGUCCAGUACCACAGCGACGUGA